AUGCCGGGGCUCCCCGCACCCGGAGGUGGCCAGGAGACUCCACAAAGCUCCAUGAAUCUGCUCCUGGGCACCAUCCUGCUGCUCCUGGUGCUGCCCGACGCUGCUAGGGGACAGGAGAGCUGUGCUGGUGAGUGGUCCCUCCCUCCCUGCCUCAUCCCUGGUGCCCGGCUGGUGCCAUGAUGCUCAGCAGUCACCCUGCUCCCCUCCUCCCCAGCCCUGAGGCGGGGUGACAGGCACCACUGGUGCUGCAACAUGAUGGUGGAGUUGGAAGAGCGACGCAAUGGGACCCCCAGCCUAGACUUGCCCCGGCGUUGCUCAGAGCUGGGGCACUCCGGCAGCCCUGCUUGCACCUGCCUGCGGGAGCGCUGGUUCAGGUAGCGGGCAGGGGCGGUCACGGCGGGGUCUGGGGGCUCAGCCCCCCACAUCCCCCGUCCCACAGCCCUUCUGCCCCACAGGCUGCUGCAGUCAGCGGGGCCAGCGCCGCGCGACAGGCUGGCCGGGCUGAAGGUGCUGCUCCUGAAUGUCAGCAGGGCUGUCACCCGCGAUGUCCUCAUCACCUUUUCCCCCACAGAGGGCCCCAGGAUGCUGAACAUGACAGAGAAGGGGAAGGCAGGCAAAAUCCAGCUCCCCAGGGAGAUAUUCCGGUCCCUGAGCAGCUGGACAGCGCGCGUGGUGGUGACAGUCCUCAACAUCCAGCAGCUUGGCAUGUUCAAGGAGGUAAACCAGACGGGGCAGGUCCUGAACGACACCGUGGUGGGCAUCAUGGUAGGAGAGAAGAGCAUCUCUGGGCUGCGGGACCCUGUGCAGCUCACCUUCACCCACCAGCAGCUGCCCCGUGGUGUCACCCAGCAAUGCGUCUUCUGGGAUCUCAGCAGAGGGCAGGCAGGCGGCUGGAGCAGCAGUGGAUGUGUCACACAGCCCGGGGACAAGGGGACAGUCUGCUCCUGCGACCAUCUCACCUUCUUCACCCUCCUCCUGAACCCAGCUCUGGACAGAUCCACGGCACAAGCCUUGAUGGCUGUUGCCACCACUGGCUGUGGGGUAGCCAUGGCUUUCUCCAUCUUCACCAUCACCUUCUGCAUCUUCUUAAGGUGCAAGUUCAGGUUCGAGGAGACACUCUGCAUCAACCUGGGGCUGCACGUGAACCUCAUGAGCAGCCUGCUCCUCCUCAACCUGGCCUUCCUGCUCAACAGUGGGCUCUCCAGUGGGACCCAGCCAUGGACCUGCAAGGUCCUGGGGGGGUUCACCCACUACUGCCUUCUCUGCUGCUUCACCUGGACAGCGCUGGAGGGCUGUCACUUCUACCUCCUCUUCGUCAAGGUCCUCGGCACCUACAUCCACCACUACCUGUUGAAGCUGUGCCUGGUCGGCUGGGGCUUGCCCAUUCUUGUGGUGGGGGUGGCAGGAGUCAUUGGCAGCUAUGGAGAAUACUGCAUCCAGACCGUGGACCACCAGGUCAUAGCCCGCCUGUGCUGGAUAACUUCCAAACGUCUCCUGGUCCACUACAUCACCAACUGUGGUUAUUUUGGCCUCAUCUUCCUCUUCAACAUGGCUGUCUUCGGGGUGGUGACCCAGAAGAGCUGCUGCCUACAGGGCACAGGGGUGGUACGGGGGGAUCGUAAGGCUUGGAAGGUGGCCCUGGUGGCAGUGGGGCUCUUCUGCCUGCUGGGAGCCACCUGGGCACCAGUGUUCCUCACCCACAGCACCUCCUCUGCACCCAUGCUCUACCUCUUCACCAUCCUCAACUCUCUCCAAGGAAUCUUCAUAUUCAUCUGGCUGGUUGUCCUCUACUACCCAAAGACAAAGGAGACCAUUGGCUCACUCUCCCACAUCAUCAGACAUGACAAAACCGCCACAGUCUCCCAGGACUAG